AUGUCGGCAGUACGGCCAUACGCUCGGCGCACAGCUGGACUUGCGCCGCGCGAGGUGCGCCUGUCUAGAGCGUAUGCGACUCGCGAAGAUCGCAGGCCAGACGGGCAAGACAAAUCGACGACAGGACGAGCCUCAGAUGCACUCUUUCGGUUAGCGGAGGAAGAGGAACGGCAAGCAGCUUCGGAUCCUUCGCAGAACUCGGCAGCAGCUCGAUUGCACACGCUCGUAGCCAAUGCUAGCGAGAAACCAUGGACGGGCGACGAGUCAACGCGAGAUGCUGUCUUGCGCAUGCUCAUCGACAAAUAUCCACCCUUGCGAGACAAGGAUCACAAGAAAGAAGUGCAACAGCCUACGCCUCGCGUGCUAGACGAAGAUCUUGAGGAGGGUCGUCUCAUACGGACAUCGAGCACAGUCGAGCCGGCGGAACCUGUGAAACCCAAGAACCCAUGGGAUUACGAGUUCAAGGCUGCUUCAUCUUGGCAAGAAGCGCCCGUGCGACCGAUCCACAAGACGAUCAUACCUCCAAAGGCCGAGCGAUCCCGAUCCGCACGUUUCACUCGCUUGAAAGAUGCCGUCGCGGAUUACUCACUUGGCGAGUACGCGACUGCGAAGGCGAAAGCUGCCGCUGCGCCUGUCAAUAGAACGAGCGGCUCUGUCAUUCCUAUCGAUCCCAAAGCGUUCACCAAUUUCAUAGAAGAGAAGAUAAGCACAGGCCGAAGGGAUGGGCUGUUCAAAGCGAACAAGUACAGAGGCAAGCCACUGCAGCAAGACAUUAACCAGUCGAAUCCGUUUAUCGACAACACAGACUUUCUCAUGAACCGCAUCAUGCAGAGACAGAGCGCCGCGCCGCCCUUUGUGACGCUACAGCAAGAGCUAGAAGGCGAGCUGCAAGCUUUUCGUACUCUGCUGCAGGAUAGCUGGACGAGGCGUGCUUUGCGUAUGCUGUCACUCUUGCCUCUACAAGCACUCGACUUUGACCGUAUAGGCGACUUUAGAGAUACAGACUGGGAAGCACGUGAGAGAGCUUACCAUGAUGCGUCCAUCACGCAGAUCAAUUCCAUCCUGAGGCGGUACAACGCUCUUGCGCCUUUCAGUGCUCGUCGCCCUCUUGUCAUGCUCAAGUAUGAGCUUGCGGCGUGCUUCACAAAGACGGCGCCGCUCAUACGUGCAGAGCUAGAGCGCAGGAAGCGUGAUGGUAUGGGCACAUUCGUACCUCGCUCGCCCGAUGAGAUCUCGUCCGGCUCGCGCAACGAUUUAGAAGAGAAGAAGGCAGAAGUCGAAUCGCUCUGGCGAGCGUUCACUCGGUCUUUACGUGAGCUGGUCUCGCGUCAACCUACCACCUAA